AAUUGUUAAUAAGGUGUAUUUUUAAAUAUACCAAAGUGUAACUAAUAAGGUUCAGAUGCAAUCUGAAUCUAAAUAACUUGACCAAAGUUUGACAAAAGUAAAUGAGUAGCCUUUAAAUUCAACAAUUAGCGAGAGUUAUUUGGCAAAGGAGAUGAACAAAAGGUUUAUGCCUUUGUAGUUUGUGAGUUUUAAAAGAAAUGUGUUAAAAUUUGCAUUCGAAUUGGACAACAUAUACUACAGGAAAACACCAUAAAGUUGCAGUUCAUCACUUAGACAUGUCGAAAAUGUCAAGUGACAAGGCUUUAGCAUCAGACGAAGCAAAUCAUCCAUUGUUGGAAGAUCAUAUAAAUGGACAAGAAAGAGAGCAUUUAGUGAGAAGGGUUUGGAUUGAAUCUAAGAAGCUUUGGAUCAUAUGUGGCCCUGCAAUUUUCAAUCGUGUUGCCAAUUUUUCUAUGUUUGUUAUCACUCAAGCAUUUGCUGGCCACCUAGGUGACCUUGAGUUAGCUGCUACCUCCAUUGCCAUUAAUGUUAUUUUGGGGCUUGACUUUGGCAUUUUGUUGGGAAUGUCAAGCGCUUUAGACACUCUAUGUGGACAAGCUUUUGGCGCCAAGAAGUACUCCAUGUUAGGCAUUUACUUGCAACGUUCAUGGUUGGUUCUUUUCAUCACUGGGGUUGUGAUUUUGCCUUUAUUCCUCUUUGUGACACCUAUCUUGAAGUUCAUUGGACAAUCUCCAGAGAUAGCCGAGCUAACUGGGGUGAUUUCUUUGUGGCUGAUACCAACUCACUUGGCUUAUAUAAUUUAUUUACCUUUACACUUUUUCUUGCAAAGCCAACUCAAAAAUAAUGUCAUUGCCUUGGUGUCACUCUUGGGUUUAUUGCUGCAUGCAUUCCUUUGUUGGUUGGUUGUGACCAAGUUUCAUGUUGGAGUGAUUGCCCUUGUUGCAUUUGGAAACUUUGCUUGGUUGGUUUUGGUGUUAGGUUAUUUUGGUUAUGUUAUUUACGGUGGUUGUACCUUAACAUGGACUGGUUUCUCCAUGGAAGCAUUCUCUGGUCUCUGGGAGUUUGCUAAACUUUCUACAUCUUCUGGGAUUAUGACAUGCUUAGAAGUAUGGUAUGAUAAAGCACUCAUGUUGAUGACCGGGAAUUUACAAAAUGCAAAGACUUCUAUUGAGGCUUUAACCAUUUGCUUGACCAUAAAUAUAUGGGAAUUGAUGUUUCCUCUGUCAUUCUUUGCUGCAACUGGAGUAAGAGUUGCAAAUGAACUUGGAGCUGGUAAUGGAAAAGGAGCUAAGUUUGCUGCCAUAGUAUCGGUGGUGACAUCAAUUAUAUUGAGUAUUUUCUUUUGGUUGUUGAUUAUGAUAUUUCGUGAUCAACUUGCCUAUAUAUUUUCUUCGAGUGAAGUUGUGAUUAAAGAAGUAAAUAAACUUUCACCCUUCUUAGGCGUCACAAUUCUACUUAACAGUGUUCAACCAGUCUUAUCAGGGGUGGCUGUGGGAUCUGGGUGGCAGCAAUAUGUGGCAUUCAUAAACUUGGGUAGCUAUUAUCUUAUUGGAUUGCCACUUGGAUAUUUGUUGGGUUUCGUCUUUGAUUUAGGAGUUCAGGGAGUUUGGGCUGGGCUAAUUUUUGGUGGGCCUGCAAUUCAGACUUUGAUUCUUGCUUGGAUUACCGCACGAUGUGACUGGGACAGAGAGGCUGAAAGAGCAAGGUUGCAUUUGAGUAAAUGGGAAGACCCAAGAAAGAACUAGUCAAAAGAGCUAUUUGGAUAUGAGCUUAAAAGUGCUUUUGAGAUCUCUAUUGAAAAUACUUUUUAUAUAAUCAACAUUGGGGCCUGAGAUGGGCAAAUUUGUCCUAAAAUUGAUUGAACUAAAACAGCUUAUUAUAAUAAUAUCAU